CUUCGAGACCCCAUGCCAGUUUCACGUUUGCUGCUUGCAUCCCAUGGGUUGGGAAUGAUGGGAGUUCUUUCCCGCCCCAAUCCAGACUCAACCACGCUGGGAUUUGCUCCACAGUCCCCCAGUUCCAGGUUCUGGAUUAUGUUCCAUGGCAGCGGUCCAAGCAGAAAGCCAAGCCAUCUACUCUGCCUCCGAUCCCACGAGCUGUCAACACUCAGAAAAGCAAAAUGAAGACCUGGACUACCGUCCAGCCAGGGUUGCAAUCCAAGCCCACCUUGUGGAUGACAAGUCAACCGAGGAAUCCACUAGAACUGCGCAGAGGAAAGUUGGACUCGGGGAAGACACAGACCAAAAUCCGACUAGUGAGAACGAUGCUCAGGAACCGGCGAACCGCGCACCAGGAGCUCUGCAACCACGAGGACUUCCUCACCAAGCUCUGUGGGGAACUGAUCAAGACCAUCCAGGACACGGACGACAGCUCGGCCCUGAAAGUGCGGGUGAUGCUGCAGCAGGAGGACGUCUUCACGACCAUCGCUGACAUCUUGGAGUACGCAAACAAGAAGAAGCUGCACCAGAUGAAGUGUGAGCUUCAGGAAUGGGAGGAGAAGGAGGAAUCCAGGAUACAAAACCUGGAGCAGCAGGUGGAACAGCUGGAUGCCAAGAUCGAGAAGGUCCACAAGAAAGUGAGCUUCAUGAGCACUUACAUGGACCGUGAGUAUCCCAUCAAGUCGGUCCAGGUUGCCAACCUUGUGCGCCAGCUGCAGCAGGUGAAGGACAGCCAGCAGGCUGAGCUGGAUGACCUCAGUGAGAUGUGCAGAAUGGUCCUGGCAUCUAUGUCCAACCAGAUUCAGAAUAAGAAAAAAAACCUACUGAGGUCUCUGGUGGUGAAAAUCCAGCGUGCUCAUCAGGAAACGCUCCUGCAGAAGACUUGGAAUAGCCAGCUCAUACUGAAAUACAUGGACAAGUUCCGAGAACUUAUAGACCAUUUUGAGGAGGAAAUACCCGUAUUAAGGGCUGAGGUGGAGCAGCUCCAGUUUCAGAUCUGGGAACCCCGAGAGAUUGUGUUUGCGGACGUUCUGCUUCGGAGAUCCAAGUGCACCCCUAACAUGGACAUCAUCCUCAACAUCCCUGUGGAAGAGCUGCUGCCCUUCUAGAUGGCGGGGCGAUGGGCCACCCCUCCCUCCCUGGUCUCUUCCCCACACCCAGAGCCUUGAGCUCUCUCCUUCCAAGCCCACGUCCCCAUCCAGACGCUGGUCUGCUGGUUCCUUCCUUCCUCCUGCUCCCUCCCUCCGUCCUUUCCUCCCUUGCGUGCUUCCUGUUCCUUUCUGCUUCCUGCGUCCCUCUCCCUCCAUGCUUUUGGUUGGUGCUUCUACCUGAGCCAGGUAGGAAUUCCUAGUCAAGUCCUUUUUACCAAUA